CCUGAGAGGCAGGAAGAAUGAAGAGUAAUAUGGUUAAAACGGAUUUUCGUUACACAGUGAUAUGAAAGGUGAAUAUUUCAUUUGUUUUAAAUCAAGUCAUCCUGCUGUCAUGUUAGAAAUCUCAAAGGCUCAGCCUUGUAGAAGGAUUUAAAAGCAGCACUUCAGCAAUAAUCGGAUUAGAAGGACUUGCAUAGCUGCAUGGUAUAAAAAAGAGAUAAAAGAAACCAGAGUCCCAACUUGCUACAAAGCAAGGCCGUGAGUUGUGGGGUGCAGAAUCAACCCACGGUUCUGAGCCAGUGAUUUUGACAUUCACCUGGAGCAGGGAUGCCUGCAGACUUCAAUGGGUACUGGAAAAUGGUCAGCAAUGACAAUUUUGAGGAGUAUCUGAAAGCACUGGAUGUAAAUGUUGCUGUAAGAAAAAUAGCAAACUUGCUAAAGCCUGACAAAGAAAUCCUUCAGAACGGGGAUCAUAUGAUCAUUAAAACACUAAGCACUUUUAGAAACUACAUCAUGGAAUUUGAUGUAGGAAAGGAGUUUGAGGAGGAUUUAUCUGGGGUGGAUGAUCGCAAGUGCAUGACCACCGUGUCUUGGGAUGGAGAUAAGCUGCUCUGUGUGCAGAAUGGAGAGAAGGAGGGCCGUGGUUGGACCCAGUGGAUUGAAGGAGAUGAAAUGCACCUGGAAAUAAGAGUGUGUGGAGUCACAUGCAAGCAGGUCUUUAAGAAGGUGCAGUGAGCUUCUGCUGCUCCAGGAGUGAAGAACAACAGAACAACAGAAUUUACUGACUUGCCAGCAAUUCUCCAAAUGUUAGCACUGAGCAUCCUCAGCAGCAAGAGCAAACACAGAAAUGAAGAUCA